AAAAAAACAUAAAGAAUAAAAAAAAAUCAAAAAAAAAAAAAAAAAAAAAAAGAAAUCCCAUCAUACCAUUGAAUCAUCUUACGAGAUAUAUACAUAUGUACAUAUUUGUAUGGUCCACGUAUUUGUCAUGCUAGCGAAUAGGCAUUUCACACGCCAUUCAUAACUGACAAUGCAUACGCAAAAGUAUAACAUUAGUUAACCAAAAAAAAAAGAGGAAAGAAAAAGAAAAGAAAAAAAGAAAACGGAUUAAGAAAUAUUCGAAGAAACAUGGAACUCAUGAAGUUUUCGUAUUACAACGAUAACGACAAUACAAUACGAUAUAUGAACACUCGAAUACAUUUUUUAACAGAUACAUAUAUACAUAUUUGUGCACAUUCUAUAGGCGUAUAUACGUUCCACCUAUUAAAGUUCUAGGUCAUGAUGCAAGAGACAAGAUCACACUUAAAAUUCAAUACGAGGCCUACGUUAGUCGUACUAAUCCUAUCUACGUUAUUAUAUCAUUUUUAUUAUUUCGGAAGGAAUGGUAAAUCCAACGAAUUUCGUUUGGAACUCGUACAAGUAUUAUUUAGACAUGGAGAACGAACACCGCUUGCUAAAGAAAUGUAUCCUAAUGAUCCUUAUUAUGGAUCUAAUUACGAACCAUGGAGUGUCGCUCAAUUGACAAAUGUAGGAAAAAUGCGUGAAUAUUCAAUCGGAAAAAUGUUGAGAGAACGUUACAACGAUUUCUUGGGUGAUAUAUAUCGCCCUAAAGAUGUAUAUGCUCGUAGCACGGAUAUCGAUCGGACUAAAGUGUCUCUAUACUUAGUUUUAGCAGGUCUUUAUCCACCAUCAAAAGAACAGAAUUGGAAUCCAAAUUUACCAUGGUUAGCUAUUCCCACGCAUUAUGCUCCAGAAAGGGUGGAUAAUUUGUUAAGACCUCAAGCUUGUCCAAUAUACGAAAAAGCUUUAGAAGAAGUUAGGGAAUUGCAGGAGGUACGUGAGAAAAGUGCAGUUUAUACGGACGUAUUAAAAUAUCUUACAGAAAAAACUGGUAUGGAAGUUAAAACUUUAUCAACGGCUUACGAAAUUUUUAAUUUAUUGACAGCACAGAAAAAUUUGAAUUUAACGUUACCAGAAUGGUGUACCGAGAAUAUUUAUAAAAAGAUGGAGGAUAUCGUAUUUCUCGAAUAUGAAAUUCGUUCGUAUACGCCAAAAUUGAAACGUUUAACUGGCGGCAUGUUAAUCAGGAAAUUUAUUGAAAAUAUGAAUAUAAAUGGGAAACAAAAAAAUCCUCGGAAAAUUUAUCUUUAUAGUGGUCAUGAAAUUAAUAUCGCAGCUUUUACAAGAGCACACGACAUUCAUAUACCUAAGUUACCUAGUUAUGGUUCGACAAUUAUAGUAGAAAAAUUACGUAAUACGGAAGGAAAACUUUUCAUUAAGAUGCUUCUUUGGACUGGCGUUACUGAAGAAUUAAUUACACUUAAACUUAAAAAUUGUGAUGAAAUUUGCCCAAUAGAUACAUAUUUAGAAAUUGUGAAAGACAUUAUUCCUUCUGAUGAUGAUACAAAUUGCUACUGGAAUACAAUAACAAAAGAAGAAUUAAAGAAUCUAUAUAACGAUAGAAUAUAUCUCAAUUAAUUUAUAUAAUUUUACACAUAGUAUUUUUAUAAAUAUUAUCUUUUUCUUAAAUUAAAAUUAUUCCGAUUAUAUGCAAUAUUAUCGAGGCAAUUAAAUCUUAUUAGGUGAUUGGAUGAGCGGUCGAAGUUUAUUGGUGAAAUGAGAUCCAAUCAUCGUCGAGAUAGAUAUAUCUUACGCUAAUCAAUAUUAUCAUUUGUUAUUCCGAGCAAUAGUAUACGUAUUACUUAACCUGUACAAAUAAUAUUAAUAAAAUCGAACAAAAUUAUAUAUAGAAUAAAA